UAAGAAACCAACUUCAAUGCCGUCACUCCCGCCCAUUUUGUCUCCCUGCCAAAAAUGUGAAAGCGAAACGCUGCUGUACUUGUGAGCUGCUCCCCUCCUACUAAUCACUGGAGUUAUUUUAAACUUCCAGCUCGGAUAACCCAGUGGAAACAACAGUCCGGAGUCAGGGAAAGCGGGAGGGGGGGUGGUGGAAGGCAGAAAUGAGAAGGGGAAGCCCUGACAUGCACGAAUAAAGCGCACAGGGAGCCAGCAGCAUGGAAGUGUGCGGAGACCCGAGGGGCACUGUAGGAAAGGACGUGCAAGGCUGAGGAUGGAUUUACAGGUUCCCUACUCUCGGACUUAUCCCCAGUGAUGCAGUGAUGUCCCUCCCGGUGCUUCUUCCUGGGUCCUGCUGCCCCAUGGCAGGGUUAUCCACUUCUAUGGGCAAUGUCCCCACCGCAUCUUCACCUGGGGGAGACCCGGCACUUCACCGACCCCGCAGGAGUCGCGGAGGGCUGCAGCCUCCUCGUUGUUCUGCAUCGCAAGGGCUUUGCUCCCCUCCUCCACCCCCUGCCUUAUCUUCCAGGCGUCGGGCGGGGUCUGGGCUCAUCCUGCCAGGGAGACCGCUACUUUCCCUGGGCUUGUUGCAGCUCAUCCUGGGCUGUUGUACUGUGGCCCUCAGCUUCGGAGCACUUUCUCUCAGCAAGUCCCCCCAGAUCAGGAGCUCUUGCCCCUUUUGGGCUGGAUCCUCGGUAAUUCUGUCUGGUAUAGUAGGACUGACCACAUGGAAGAGGCCAAUGGUUUUGCUAGUAAACCUAUUUGUCAUGUUAUCGGUGGUCUGUGUCCUGCUGAACCUGGCCGGAUUUAUCUUGGGAUGCCAAGGGGCUCAGUUUGUAUCCAGUGUUCCCAGCUGUCAGCUGGUGGAAAUGAAUGAAGGCAAAGUCUGCGUGUGCUGUGAAGAAAUCUAUGCCAACAAGUGCCUUGAAAGAGAGAACUUUCUAAAGCUUUUCCCAGUUCAGUCCUGUAAUGCCGUUCAUCUCUUACUCAAGAAAGUCUUCUUCGCUCUGUGUGCUCUGAAUGCCCUCACUACCACUGUGUGCCUGGUCGCUGCUGCCCUGCGCUACCUGCAGCUCCUCACAACUAGAAGGCCCUGCACAGAUGAGUCGCAAAUAUCAGCUGAGGAAGGAGAGGAACAAGAGCGGGUUCCAGACCCUGAUGAUUUUGUUGCUCCUGCACCACCUCCAUCUUAUUUCUCUACAUUUUAUUCCUGCACCCCCCGAAUAAAUCAGAGGAUGAUUGGCAAUGAGACAAUCCCUUUACCACACAUAUAUGGAUCCAGGUUCAAAGGGAUUGAAGUAUUUUGUCCUAUGGAGCCGCCUCCACCAUAUGAAGCUGUGGUCAGCCAAAGUAGUUCCUCUGAGGAGACAGCUGUACAAAUCCCAGAUACAGCAGCAGUCAGCACAUCUUCAGAACUGCAUGGUGCUCAGGUCAACCCAGAACCUUCAAGUACAAGUAAUGUUGACGUAGAACCAGUACUGGGGGCCAGUGCACAAACUGAUGAAGCAAUGGAAAGUGACUUACCAAACAUGCCUUCCAGGAAGAGAUCACACAGUGAUCCAGUCAUCUCUGACCUUCCCACAAAAGGAGUUGCGCCAAGCUGUGAAGCUGCCACACAAACAGAGGUAAGGCCGCCGCUAGAGGCUGUCACCCUGAGACGAGCCUUGAGAGCAAGAGCUGUCAGAUCAAGACCUCGAUCACUAGUAGAUUACAAAUCCUACAUUGACACUAAACUACUGGUGGCCAGGUUUCUAGAGGAACCAUCGUGCAGUAUGACUCCAGACAUAAGAGAGCUGGUGGAAAGCAUCAAGACUGUUCUGAAGUCAGAUGAAGAGCACAUGGAUGAAGCCAUUCUCAGUGCCAAUUUCCUUGAUGAGGUUAUGAUUCCAAACCAGCAAGUCACAACCAACACAGCUCCUAGAUUGCAACACAGACAAUAUCCUGGUCUUAUGCACUUAGCAAGCUGCGGAGAUGUAAGCACAUUUUGUGCUGCAGAGACACAGAGAGAGGCGAGGAGAAGCCAUGGAAGAGCCAGUGAAAGGCCCCAUAGUCUCAUCGGAGUUGUCCGGGAAACAAUAUUGUGAGGAAAUAAUCUGUUACUGCAAAAAUGAAGAGACACCAUGUGUGGUCUCCAGGGAACUGUUCUGUGAGCCUGUGUUUUGGUACAGUCCCGCUUGCGUCAGUGACGUGUUCUUGCAAAGUAUUUACAAAUGAACUGGUAAAGCACCAGAAGUUGUUGAUAGAACACACAUUGUGGUGCUGAUUAAUAGAAUUGAAAAACAAAGGCGUUUUAUGGAAUGGCAGGCAUUGUGUACAAAGUUUCUAGAGUGGAAUGAUCACUGUGUAUAUAGAUUUAGAUGUCUCAGGGUUUUGCAAUACUGUGAGAUAAUGCAUCAUGCACUGUAUUAAUGUGCAAUCUUGAUUUAUCAAGGCAUGGUAAUUUUAAUCUGUAAAUUGAUGCUUGCACUAAAGAUGCAGUCUCAUUUAAUAACAUAAUAUGCUGGACUCUACUGGGAUAUAAUAAAGCAAAUGCACUCAGACAUCAAUUUACAGUGUUGAUUCAUUGGUUUUUGGUUUUCUUAGAUUUAUCUUUUUUUAUUUAAUGCACUUUUAGCUGUUUGUACACAUUUGACUAUCUAUAAAUUUAUAUAUUUUUUUUUAUCUUGGGGUUUAUCAACCCAACCAAUUACAAACCUAAUUUCUAAGAGCCCAAAGGAAGUUAGAACAUUCUGCUUUUUUUUUGUAUGAUUACUGCGCUACAGUAAUAUCCACUUUAUCAUCCGUCUCGGAGAAGCAUUUUGUAACAAAAUGUUGUUAAAUGCAGUGUAGCUGCAUGAAUCUGUUAAUAUGUUUAAGAAUAUUAUAGUAAAUCUGGACUUUGAAACUGUU